AUGCAAGUGCAGGUUUUUGGUUUCCAGCAGUGUAAGCAUGGUCAGGAACUAUCACUCGAAGUGGGACGGAGGGUUGAAGACUCUGUCUACCAGCUGUCUGAUUCCUUGGAUUAUAAGCAAGGAGCUGCAAUUGGUAGUCCAUACUUCACUGCAUACCAUGCUCUCUUCCACAGAGCACACAGCAAAGCAGGAGAGACUGUUCUUGUUCAUGGAGCUAGUGGAGGGGUAGGAGGUGCAACAUGUCAGAUUGCCAGGGCCUUUGGGAUGAAGGUACUGGGGACAGCAGGAACCCCUGAGGGACAAGCAUUGGCAAAGAAGAAUGGAGCUCACCUGGUCUUCAACCAUAGAGAGAAGGACUACGUCAAGAAAAUCAUGGAUGCUACCAAUGGACAGGGACUGAAUGUGAUCGUUGAGAUGCUGGCCAAUGCGAAUCUCAGUAAGGACCUACAGAUGCUUACAUAUGGAGGCAGAGUGGCGGUAGUGGGCAGCCGCAGUCCCAUCAAAAUCAACCCUAUGGAGACCUCCAUGAAAGAAAGCAGCAUCAUUUACUCCACUACUUUACACAUGUUGGAAAAUAAAGCUUAUGAAGAGAGGGCAGAGUGUGCGGCGGCUCUCCUCGCUGGAAUGGAGUCCGGUUGGCUGAAGCCUGUUGUUGGUCCUCAGUACACCCUGGACAAGGCCUCCCAAGCUCAUGAAGACAUCAUCAAGAGCUCUGGGGCAACAGGGAAGAUGGUGCUGACCAUUUGA